ACAGUGUAUAUAAAUUAUAAUAGCAAGAAUGUAGCUAUUCUCAUGGGCCACGUACUAUGACGUCACUAAGACAAAUCGCUAGCCAUGGUUACAGAUCCUAUACUGCAUCCUAGGCCAAAUCAGUGCGCUACGUAACAAUGACGUCAUUGGUAAAUUGAGAGAUAAAUUGAGAAAUUUUAGGGCCGACCUUGGAGCCGGCCUUGAGGAUGAAUCAUGCGUCGGAUUUGUCCCCGCGAUUUGUUCGAUUGAUUUGUUUUCAGAAAUUGCUUGAAGAACUAAUGAAAUCGAUUGAUUAUAUAGGUAUACACUGUGGAAUUAAUAAUACUAAUUCACUGAUAAGAAAUGUCUGCUAUUGAGUCUUGAGCUCAGGUGAAUUGUGAGAAGCUUUUGUUUAAAUAAAAAGUUUGUUUUCCUUCAAGAGAUUCUAAUUUUGGCACAGGCUGUCGCUGGGGUCGACCAUGCCAGGCGCCGGAUACAUUCCGUACGCCACGCGAAAGGCGAACCGGCUGAGGACCCCUGGUUUGCCGGAGUGCGCCUAUGUGGAGAUGCGUCGCGAGCUGGAGCAGCACCUGCAGCGCUCGCCGCCGCAGAGCGCCCGCUUCGUGGCGGUGGUGACGGCCGAGGAGCGGCUGCGCGAGGCGCUCGUUCAGCGCGCCUCGUCCCAGCAGCUGCUCGACGUCAUGGAGCGGCGCUGGCCGCACGCCGCGCAGCGCAUCCACCUGGUUAAACAGAUCGCCGGCGUGGUGGACCCGGGCCACGCCGGUCGACCCGGCUCGCUGCAGGCCGCCCUGAGUAGCAUCGAGAUGCGCUACGGCCUGGCGACGCGGGCACCGGCUCCGCCCGCCGACCCGCCCAGUCUGGUUGUCGAGCCGAGCCUGUCCACUGCGCCGUCUCUGCCGCCGCCCUGUCCGCCGCCCGGACUGCUAAACAGGGGCCAGUCCCGGGAGGAGACACUGCGCCAUGUGGCCAUCCGGUUCCUGGCAGCCCGCCUGACGCGUAGUAACUGGCGCUCGCUGGCGUCCGUGCUGGGGAUGCCCAUCGGUAUUAUGGAUGAUCUGGACCGGGCGGCCAGCUCCACAAACGACGCCGUCCGGCAGAUGCUGACCAAGUACUUCGAAACGCCCAGGCUGCAUUGUGGUGACCAGAUCAAGACGCUGAUGGGAGCGCUCCGCGAGCUUCACCUGAAUAUGACCGCCGAUGAGCUGGCACUCGAGAUGGAGUGGUGAACGAUUCCGUUCGGACAGUGGCAAAACUCUUGCAGAGCUGAUGAUGCGCGUGGGGUAUCGAGACUCAUUUAUAACAAUAGUCACCACAUAUGUGCAGAUGUUUUGGUGACAUUACGAAUGGUGGGAUGUGUAUUUGUGUGCACUGUUUGCUUCAUGAGAGCACGGAAUAUAUAGUCUACGACUAUAUAGAUAAUAUAGGUAUGCAUAGUCUGUCGAAGAGUGAAGACUGUAUAUUCCGUGAUGAGAGCAAAUAUUGUGUGAGUCGUGGUUAAUGUAUUGGGAGAUGGAGAAGUGUUGGUUAAAGAGCUUGUCGGAUUGUUGUAAACUUACGAUGGAGUGAUGUGUUCGUAUACCUACGGCUUCCGCGAAUGUCUUGUUGCGUCUAAAAGUCGCUUCGCUUGCCGCUACCGUGCAUAUAGUUACGCGAUAUGUAUAUAUUUAGGUUGACUGUAUCUACACUCCCUGUAGCGUUUCUGUACUUAACGCUCAAGAAUUGAUACUUCAUUCCGUUGUUUUGUUCAUAGUCAAAUCAGAAUCAUGAGACAAAUACACUGUUGUUAGUUUUCAAU